AUGGUGAGGCAGAAGAUUGAACUUCCCUGGUCUUGCGACCAGUGUCAGGAAAAUCCUGCUGCAGAUCCCGACCAUGCCGCCGCCAAACCCUCUGCCUAUGAACCCGCCGACCAUGCUGCAGACAAACUCAAAGACCAUGCUGCCGAUAAACCUGCCGACCAUGUAGCCGACGAACCAGCAAACCAUGCCGCCGACAAAGAUCAUGCAGCAAACGUGAUUCAUGAUAAUUCCUUCAAUGCCCAUGGAGAGAUGUCAAUUUGUAUUACCCUCAGACAGUAUUGCCGGAUGGUGAGGCAGGAGAUUGAACUUCCCUGGUCUUGCGACCAGUGUCAGGAAAAUCCUGCUGCAGAUCCCGACCAUGCCGCCGCCAAACCCUCUGCCUAUGAACCCGCCGACCAUGCUGCAGACAAACUCAAAGACCAUGCUGCCGAUAAACCUGCCGACCAUGUAGCCGACGAACCAGCAAACCAUGCCGCCGACAAAGAUCAUGCAGCAAACGUGAUUCAUGAUAAUUCCUUCAAUGCCCAUGGAGAGAUGUCAAUUUGUAAAAAUUAA